AUGUCAUCCAAUAUGAUCUUUAGGGAUGACCCUACGGCUGAAGAAUCACGACAUGGUUAUUUUAUGAAACAAGCGUUGUUGAUGGGCGAGAAAGCGAUUGAAUUAAAUGAAACCCCAGUGGGCUGUGUGCUGGUAUACGAUGACCAGAUCGUCGGCGUGGGCAUGAACGACACCAAUAGAUCUAUGAAUGGAACGAAACAUGCCGAAUUUAUCGCAAUUGCACAGAUGCUGCAGAGCUACCCAAGGUCGGCACUCCAGUCCACUGAUCUCUAUGUCACCGUGGAGCCCUGUGUGAUGUGUGCCUCUGCAUUGAAGCAAUACCGCAUACGGAGUGUGUACUUCGGCGCGGCCAACGAUCGGUUUGGAGGAACCGGAGGGGUUCUCUCCUUACAUUCCGAUUCGUCAAUUGAUCCCAAAUAUCCUGUCUACGGUGGGCUGUUCGAGAAGGAAGCCAUCAUGCUACUGCGCCGGUUCUAUAUCCAGGAGAACGAAAAAGCACCUAACCCCAGACCGAAAAAGAACCGCGAGCUGAACACAAGAUUCGAUGACGACCAAGAGCCGGAAUGGUGA